GCACUGCGCUUUGAUCGCAUCCUUCCUUGGGCGCCAAGGGGGGUGGUUUUUCUCUACCCACUUUUCAACCACCCUGUGAGGAGGGGUCAGCUGGAAGGUUGUGGGCAGAGAGGGUCCAGUCCAGGAACGCUCUUUGCCUUGCCCCUGUCCCUCCUUGAAUGCCUUGGGAACUGAAGGGAGUGUCUGAAAGGGGCAUCCAGAGCGCUGCUCACCCACACCUUCCUUCUGCCAGAUGCUUGACUUGCAAAGGCAGCCCUUCCCAGCUGUGCUGUGACCCCCAUAAUUCCCAGCCAGCCUGGAAAACCUGUCUGGCUGGGAAUUAUGGAAGUGGACACCCCCAGAAUAAAGAAGGCAUCAGAUUGAUUAAGGCUGAUUGAGAUCUUAUUUUACUUGUUUCAAGCGAGGUGGAUGAUCCUUCCCUGUGAGGGUCACAGGCUGUAGUGAGCGACAGGGUAAUCUCUCCAGAGGGGAGAGGCUCACUUAGAUGGAGCUGGGAAAGCAGAGUUAUUUUACAGAAAGGAUGCACACCUUUUCCCAGGGCCAGGAAUAGUCUUCUGGGGCAGGGGGGCUACUCUAAAAUGCAGAUUAGCCUGUGAGAAAGUAGCAGGCUGGGCAGGGAGAAACAACAAAUUUGACUGUAUUAUGUUUGCAUUUCAAUUUUAUUUCAAUGAACAUUUCCCAUAAAAUAUCUGUUUAGGUCACUUUAAAUAUUAUCACAGACAGCCACUUUGGUGUUGUGGUUCAGGCACCAGGCUAGCAACUGGGAGGCCGUGAGUUCUCGUCCUGCCUUAGGCAUGAAGCCAGCUUGGGCCAGUCCUUCUCUCUCAGCCCCAGGAAGCAGCAGGCAGGGGCACACCACGAGACAAGCCACCGCUACAGAAGGAGUGAGCUCUCCCCUCAUUGCUCAACGCCCUGGAGGCCUUUGUGAGGUUUGGGGGGCGUGGGGGGGUGCGCGCUGCUCAUGGUACGGAUGCAAGCGGUACCUGGCUGUCUGGCUCCGCAGGGCUUGGCUGACAGGUGUGGCUGAAAGAUGAAGGUGAAUGUUCUGCCUGGAGGAGUGUCCCAGUGGUACAGCUGGGGCACAGACUUGGGGGAGCGGGUGAGAACCUGCUUUGCUUGCAGAGGCAGUUUCUCCAGUCCAGCUGCUGAGAAAAGCCAGCUUCCUCCCUUGGCUGCCAAGAAGGCUCCCUGCAAUGUAACUCUCAUCCUGGCAGGUCUUUCCUCCUGCCCCCGUACCCAGCGGCCAGCUAUCAGCCCUUCUGCUCCAGUGCCAGUGGGGGGAAGUGAGCGUGGGCAGGUGGCCGGGUUUUCUGAUGAAAUCUUCCCUCACCGGGAGGCCCAUACAAACCUUCCAACAAAGCAUGCUGGGCUUCCAGUAGGGAGCUGCAGUUGACAAGUGUCGGCUGGGGGGGGGGUUGGGGAUGUUAGGAGGUCUUCCUGAACCACAACCUCCCCUCCUUCAGGGCUCAGCCAAGAAGAUUGAUGGAGCAGACACCGUGGUCACCCAGCGCAUCUGCCACGAAGAUGAGCUCUAUGAUGGAGAGAUGCGGGAGGUCGAAGUGGCAGGCCGUCCUGUGCUGCUGGUGAGGGAGCACCUGAGGAUCAGAGCUCUGGGAAGCAGGUGUCCUCAUGGUGGAGCCCCCCUCUGCAAAGGCUACUUGGCACGGGGUCGGUUACGUUGCCCCUGGCACGGUGCCUGCUUCAGCACUGAGACUGGUGACAUUGAGGAAUACCCCACCCUGGAUUGCCUCCCCGUUUUCCAUGUUGCCGUGAAGGAGGGGCAGGUGUACGUCUCAGCCCAGAUGAAGGAUCUUGAAAGUAGCCGGAGAGUGAAGCCCAUGGCGAAACGGUGCCAGCUGAACCCCCAGAUAGCGCUGCUUCUUGGAGCAGGCCCUGCAGCUCUGACUUGUGCUGAAACUCUUCGACAAGGCGGCUUCACCGGCAGGAUCAUCAUGGCCACCUGGGAGAACCACCUUCCUUAUGACAGGACUAAACUGAGCAAGGAAUUGGGUGCCACAGCAGAGAGCAUUUAUCUCCGAUCUCAGAGUUUCUUGGACGCUCACAACAUUGAAGUCUGGAAGCAGAGAGAGGUGGUGUCUCUGGAUCUCACAGGCAAGAUGGCCCACUUCCAGGAUGGGACGUGCCAGGCGUAUGACAACCUGCUGAUUGCCACAGGCAGCAGCCCCCAGCAGCUCCGGUGCCCAGGGUCCAGUCUGGAGAAUGUCUGCACGCUCCUCACGCCUGAAGAUGCCCAUCGUAUCCUGGACUUAGCUGUGGGCAAGAGCGUUGUGAUCGUGGGAGCCUCUUUCACUGGUAUGGUAGCACUGGACUCGUUCUCUCCCCAACGCCGGGGGCAGCUCAGCACACUGCCUCUGCAAGCUGGGAGGACUAGAGGCUACCUACCUAGCCCCCAAUUGUUUGCGUGGGCAUUCUCUCAGCUCCCGGGCUUCCUUCCGUGCAGGGAUGGAGGUAGCAGCCAGCCUUGUUGGCAAAGCAGCUUACCUUCAGGUGGUGGAAAGAGAAGAGCUGCCCUACCAGCUGGUCCUGGGAGGCCAGGUGGGCACCGUGGCCAUGAAGAUGCUCCAAUCCCAGGGAGUUCAGUUCCAUCUGAAGGCCAAUGUGGCAGAACUGCAGGGCAAGGAUGGGAAGGUCUGGGAGCCUUGGCUCACCUGCUACCCCAGAGGCUGGCAGGCCAGGUCUACUGGGGGUGGGGGGCGGGGGGCUCUGCUGCUGCUGCAUCUCUGCCUUCUUUCCCCUCCCAGGUUACAAGCGUCCUUCUUAGCAAUGGUUCUGUUCUCCCUGCGGACCUGGUGGUGGUGGGGAUCGGCGUCACCCCAAAUUCCAAUUUUGUCCAGGGAAGCUCCAUCAGGCUUGACCACGAAGGCGCCAUCCUGGUGGACCUGUUCAUGCAGACCAGCGCCCCGUCUGUCUUUGCUGCUGGGGACGUGGCAUCUUUCCCUGUGGCUCUGCUUGAUGGGAAGACUGCAGCCAUCCGUCACUGGCAGAUUGCCCAAGCCCAUGGACAUGUGGCUGCACUUAACAUGCUGCAGAAGCAGGAGCCGCUCCACACGGUGCCGUUCUUCUGGACCAGGCUGCAGUCAAAGAGCAUCCGAUAUGCAGGCUGCGGGACGGGCUACACGGAAACUGUGCUGAAAGGCGAUCUGGACCAGGAGCGGUUCCUCCUCUUCUACGUCAGGGACGGGAGUGUGACUGCAGUUGCCAGCCUGAACUUUGACCCCCUGGUGGUCCUGGUGGCCGAGACCCUGUACUCAGGGAAAAGCAUCUCCAAGCAAGAGGCAGAGUUCCUCCCUGAGACCACCAGCCCUUAAGCUCUGCGUGCUGGACGCCCCUUGAGCCAAGCGGUUUCUUUGCAGGAUGAGGAUGGAGGGGAAGGGGCUGCCGAAGGGGGGAGCACCCCAGUCGCCCACAUGCACCGCUUGGCGGGAAUAUGCAGAAGGCACCACCUCAUCUGGCUGAAAUAAACCAGGAGCAGGAAAACUGCGACUCGGCUCUCUUUUUCUGAAACCUGAGCUGGGGGUGUCUGGCUCACCAGCCUCCUUUCUGCUUUGCUCCAGCUUGAGGCUCUAAGGGGAGUCAGACCCACGGCACGUUCGCUCCUGCUGAAAUGUCACGGUCACCUCCAGCUUCUUGCACAGCGCACCUCUCAAGCCCUUUCUCUGCUGAGAGGCUGAAAGCAGUGGAGAUGUAACAACCUGCGAGGAGAUUUUCAGUUAUUUGCACCCAAAGCCCUGAGAAGACUCCUGCCACAGGGAGGGCCCAGGAGCAACAGAGCAGGGGUGGGGCUGAGGGAAGGCUGUGAAGGCUUGGAGGGCCACUCCUGCCCAUCAGUGUCCAGCUGAAGGGGAAGCAGCUGCUUCCUGGGCUUAGAAUGCAAGGAAGCUGGGACCCUCCCCCAAAUCCCAGGCAAACCCUUCCCCCUUCCAGAAUCCCCUCAACUGCAGCAACGUUUCACUGGGCUGCCCUCAGCUGAGGGCUCUGCCCCUUGGCUUCCAGCUUCCACGGCCCAGCAAUUCCACGCUCCGCCGGCAGAUGGUGCAGUGGUCCUGGCAUUGCUCCGCACAGCUGGAUGCCACUGACU